GCAGCGAAAAGUGCAUUGAAAAAAAUCUGCCUUUCAUUUUUUUUUUAUUGGUGUCAGUGGAAAAUUUUCGCGUGUAACACGUUCGUGUUUUGCGUUCGUCAUUGACGCAACGGCAUUCGGUUGCAGCCAUAUUGAAAAUUGGAUUAUCUAACGCAUUUCAAAAUGGAGGACGAGAGUGACGACAAGGACGAUACGAAAAGAAAAUCUCGAAAUCUCAGCGAAAAGAAGAGGAGAGAUCAAUUCAAUACGCUGGUGAAUGAUUUAAGCGCGCUCAUAUCGACAUCAAAUCGGAAAAUGGAUAAAUCGACAGUGCUCAAGUCGACAAUAGCAUUUUUGAAACAUCACAACGAGGCCACCGAUCGUUCGAAAGUUUUCGAAAUACAGCAAGACUGGAAACCAACAUUUCUUACCAACGACGAGUUUACACAUCUCAUGCUGGAAUCUUUGGAUGGCUUCAUAAUAGUGUUUAGCGGUAUUGGUUCCAUAUGUUAUGCAUCUGAAAGUAUUACUCCACUGCUCGGUUACCUGCCGAGUGAUCUUGUGAAUAUGACCAUUUUCGAUUUGACCUACGAAAUGGAUCAUGAAAGUCUACUGAAUAUAUUUCUAAAUCCCAAACCAGUGAUCGAGCCACUACAGACUGAUAUCAACUCAAGUAAUCAAAUUACAUUCUAUUUGCAUUUACGGCGUGGCGGUAUCGACAAAGUGGAUGCCAAUGCGUACGAGUUAGUUAAAUUUGUAGGUUAUUUUCGAAACGAUGUGAAUCUAGACAGCAUACAAUCGCAGAACACACUUGCCUUGCCACGUAUCUUCCAAAUGAAUCCCAGCGCGGAGGUGGAUAAGAAAUUGAUAUUCGUCGGCACGGGGCGCAUUCAGACGCCGCAGCUGAUACGCGAGAUGUCCGCCAUAGAUCCGACGUGUAAUGAGUUCACUUCGAAACAUAGCAUGGAAUGGAAAUUUCUCUUUCUGGAUCAUCGUGCGCCGCCGAUUAUCGGCUAUAUGCCCUUUGAAGUACUCGGCACCUCCGGUUAUGACUACUACCAUUUCGAUGAUUUGGAGAGCAUCGUGGCUUGCCACGAAGAGUGUAAGUUGAUGCAGAAAGGCGAAUGCAAGUCGUGCUAUUAUCGUUUCCUUACGAAAGGACAACAAUGGAUCUGGCUGCAGACCGAGUUCUAUGUGUCCUACCACCAAUUCAGCUCGAAACCUGACUACGUUGUGUGUACACACAAGGUUGUCAGUUAUGCAGAUGUGAUACGCCAAAGUAAGGCGGGCAAUAAGUUGGAGAAAACUCCUUCGAUCAACAACAGCACUAGUAAGUCGUCCACAAUGACUUUGAGGGACAUUGAAACCACCAGUCAAAGUCUAGAUCCUUCCACGCUUUCGGCGAGCGAUAGUGGCAAUGUUAUAAUGGGUAUAUUAAAUGAAGCUUCGCCUCGGCUAGACACAUCACCCAUAUGGCCGAAUGCUUCCUCCACCACUGGCAUAACAUCGACAACAUUCAAGACAUCCCGACCCGCCUCGAGUUAUGGCAAUAUUAGUUCUACUGGAAUCUCACCGACAGCUAAGCGAAAACGGUAUUUCCCACAUAGGCCGGGCAACGAAUCGGAUUCCACGUCCAUGUCUGCGGAUUCGGCCACCAGUAAGCACUCGCUUAUGACACAUUUGAGUUCGAGUCGACAACGUCACGGUCACAGUCACAGCUCGGGUAUGCAAAUGCCGCAAAGUACAACGCACGCGCAGCAACUGAACUUGGCCAACCAACAUGCACUACACAAUCACCACCAGUCGCAACAGAACACACAGCUGCAGAUGAAUCAAACGCAGAACCAACAAAAGAUUCUACCGAUGCUACCGCAACACACCAUGGCGCAGGCGCAAAUAGUGCCCAACAACCCAUGUCAAUUCACACAGCCCACCUUCCCGAUACGCAGCUCGCAAAUAGUCGGUCCCACAUUCCUGGAGCCAUCGCAAUACCUUGCCGCCAUACCGGUGCAACCGGUGAUUGCGCAAUUUCCGGUCGCGCCGGUGCUCUCACCGCUGCCGGUGAAUAUGAGUACGGCGCCACCUUGGAAGGCGGCCGCGCAACCGACGAACGGCACCUUCGAUCCGCUGCAGAGCCAAGCCGACAUGCUCUCCGGUGCGGUGGUGAUGACGCCCACCCAAACCCAGCUGCAGGAUCAGCUGCAGCGCAAGCACGACGAAUUGCAAAAGCUGAUCAUGCAACAGCAAGAUGAAUUGCGCAUGGUCUCCGAGCAGCUACUGUUAGCGCGCUACACACUGCUGCAGCCGAUGAUGCCGAUGAAUUACAAUACGCCGCCGAAUAGCGGUCGCAGCAAUUACAAUUUCGCCAGCGCCAAUACGACGAUGGAGCAGCAAUUCACGCAAUUUGGCUUCACUAUGAACUCCAGCGAGCAGCUGGUGGAUCAGACGACGCAGCAGAUGAUGUUGCAGCAGCAACAACACGCGCAGACGCAACAGCAACAUAGCAUGCAGCAACAGCAGACGCAGCAUAUGCAAACCCAGCAACAACAACAACAAAUGCAUAACCACAAUCACCAACAACAGCAGCAACAGCAACAACAACAAACGACGCAACAAAGCAAUCACCAUCAGCAGCACCAUCAUCAUCAGCAACCGCAACAAAAUCAGCCACAGCUGCAACAACACUUGCAGACGCUGCAGCCGCAGCCGCAACAACAACAACAACAGCAGCAGCAGCAGUCGCAGGAGCAAACGCAACAACUGAACCUGCUCUCACGCAGUGUACCUGAUCUGGCGCAAUUCGGUCACGAAGACAUUGACGCGUUCUUCAAUCUCUCGCCGCUGCAAACGAUCGCCAACACGCAACCGAGUCAUAAUUCGCGCAGCAGCAAUAAUUUGGUGAGCUCCAGUAAUGGGCAGCAACAACAGGGCAGCAUGAAUCAGAGCUUCAUCAACAACACCAGUGCACCGCAAACGACAAAUGAGGAUUCGCUACUCACCUACAUGCAAAUGGCCACCGAAUCGAGUUCGACACUCAACUUCCCGAUGGGCAUAAGCGAUGAUGGUUCCGAAUCGCAGAGCGAUCGUAUCGAUGCCAAAUUAAUUGGUGGUAAUCAAGUUAUGCAACAACAGCAACAGCAAGUGUUAACUCAUCAACAGCAACAACAACAACAGCAGCAGCAACAACAACAACAACGUACCAAUAAUUUCUUUCCGAAUAAUCCAUUCGAAGCGCUCGGCAAUCAAGCGACCACAAAUCAAUUACCUAACGAUCUGGAAAUACUGCCCUAUCAGAUGUCGCAGGAGCAGUCGCAGAACCUCUUCAACUCACCGCAGUCCUCGAGAAAUAGUCAAUAGCCUUAAGCCGCAAUUCGAAUUAGUUUAGUUCUAAGCUUAGAGUUAGUUUUAGUUUGUUUAUUUUGUGUAUGUGUGCGUCUCGGUAUAUAUAGUAUUCGUAUGCAUUCGUGCGUUUAGGUAGACGUAGCGCGUAAGUACAAACCCUGCAGGAAAAUCCACUGAUAUCUACUUUAAUCUAAUUAAUUUUGAACCCAAUUUAAAUCGUAGCAUUUGCAUUACAUCCUCCUGUUGUAGCUCGUAAUCCGAAAUCGACCUAUACCAAUGGUCAGCUGUGCCUGAAGAUUCUACUAACUUUCGUUAUUUUCGUUGACUUUUUAACUUAAAUGUCUCGGCUAAAGUAUGAGUUUACUUAUCCUCGUAGGACCAAUGAGUUCACAAAAACGAGCACCCUUACCCAACGAGCAUGUAUUCCUCUGUUUUUAAGCAUUCGGGCCCUUGAACGAUAGUCCUCGCACGAGCUCUGUAAGUGUUAGCCAGCAACCGCACUUGCAAGGUUACGUAAGCCUUUUCUCAGAGGGGAACGAAAAAAGAUUCGUAAGUGGGAAUAAUGACAGGUGUCCUAAUUAGACCCCACUCUUUAACAUCGACGCGCUAAAGUUAAAGAUUUUGAGGGACUCAGCUUGUCAAAGUUGCAGGGAGGAUGAGAAAUUUCAAAUGUCUAUACACAUUCUCCGCUGUCCAGCUUUGGCCAGAUUAAGGUUGAACCAUCUAUGUUGCCAUACUUUCUACGAACCCGGCGAAUUGGCUGCAGUAGAUAUUAGCCAGCUCAAACCAUUUUUGCUGGACAGGCGUUUCUAGCCGUUCAAGUGGGUGCAUUCGUGGCACGAAAAAUUAGCUUACUUCCUAACCUAACCCAACCUGAACUUUCGAAGUAAGGAUGGAAUGUUAUCUUGAUCAUACUUUAAUUAAGUUUCGAAAAUAUAAUAUCGAUAUUGGUACAGGCCUUCGCUGGUCUUCUAUACCCAAUAUAAUGAUUUCUCCACUUCUGGUCGAUUUUUUGCCAGAUAUAUCAGUUUAUCUGUUAAAUAUUUAUUUAUGUAAACAUUUUGGAAAACGGAGGUUGAACUUCAACCACCUUGGUGGCCAAUCGACCGGGCCAAAACGUGAAAUUAUCUGCUCACCGCAAUGUUCUCUCAAUAAAUUCAUGCGAUAUGUGGGAAGUGACGCCGUCUUGAUGAAACCAAAUGUAGCCGAUAUCAUGAGCUUCAAUUUCAGGUAUCAAACAGUCGGUUCUCAUGGUACGUUCUCACCGGUAUCAUUUUUGAAGAAAGAUGGACCGAUGAUUCCACUGGCCCACCAUCCAGUAAAUUUUUUUCGCAAAUAGUCGUAAAAAUAGGAAACUCAAAAGCGCAGGACCUCAGGCAGAAGGGCUCAUACUUGGAAGAAAUGUUUUUGAGGUAUCUUACCAAACAAAUUUUCAGAUAAUCGCUUUCUAUCCACCCUACUCAAUGUACUUGUAUAAUGAUUACUAUAAAUAUUACUUGAGAUUACUUAAACUCUAACCUCACUUAGCUCUUUCUGACUCGUUUCCUCGUUAACUUCAGCAGAAUUGGAGCUGCACUGCAGGGUGCGUAGAGGCUAAAUGGCUAAAGCUUUUUUAAUUUGAAUGUGUGUUUGUUGGAUAAUGCAUUUUUAUCACUCCGAUAGGAUUAAUUACAGUAAAAGUUAUGUUUGUAUAUGUUUCAGAAUUAAUUGGAUAUAAAUUUCCUUAAUUUAAUAUUGAUUUUUGUGCAAUGAAAUAUUCUCGUGCGUGAUCUGCUUGCCAAAAGUUUAAUUUAAACUUGGUAUUAUAAGAAUAGAUUGUUUCUAAGUAAGAACUAGUGUUUUUAAAUAAAUCUAUUUCAAUUAAAUGGCAGCUACAAAUUAUAGUUUUUGUUGCAGUGUGUGAUAAAAUAUUGUGUAAUGAAGAGUUAAUGCUUUUUUUAACAGAUUAACACUUGUAAUUUUUUUUGUUGUUUUUAUUGUUUUUUUUCAAUAAAAUUAUAGAGAAAGCAGCUAUUUUAUGUGAAUCUAACGCAUUUAUUUGUACGUCUAAAGUUAGCUUGCUGCAUUAAUUGCUCUAUUGAAGUUUAAUGAAAAGACAAUUAAGAACACAAAAUUAAAAUUUUUCAUUUUACUCACUUGUCGUUUUGAGGUUAGUUGUUUUAUUACUUGCCUUUGCUUUUUUCUCAAAUUUCUAAUAAAAUUUCAGCAUUAAUUUGU